GCGGGUGGGGCAGACCCUGGGCUAGCAGGCCUCAGGGAGAACUCCAAUGGCGUCUGUGUCAGCACACCCACACCAGGGCACAACAAUGGCCGCCACCAAUGUCCCAGUCCCUGGAGAGGUCUCACCCCUCACCGAGAUGCACUCAGGGCCUAUUAGGGUACUUAAAGUGUCCAGGUACUUAAAAUAACCAGUUGGACUGAACAAAUGUACUUCAGGAAUUAAGUAUUUUUCCUGGAAGGAGUUUCCAGAUUGUUUGAACUUCUCUGGCCGCACAAUACAGGAGUGAAGACGGAAGCAGCAUAGGGAUCUACAGCUUCUGCAGCAUGGGCUGGCUCGCUAGGAUUGUCUGUCUUUUCUGGGGAGUAUUACUUACAGCAAGAGCAAACUAUCAAAAUGGGAAGAACAAUGUGCCAAGGCUGAAAUUAUCCUACAAAGAAAUGUUGGACUCCAACAAUGUGAUCACUUUCAAUGGCUUGGCCAACAGCUCCAGUUAUCAUACCUUCCUUUUGGAUGAGGAACGGAGUAGGCUGUAUGUUGGAGCAAAGGAUCACAUAUUUUCAUUCAACCUGGUUAAUAUCAAGGAUUUUCAAAAGAUUGUGUGGCCUGUAUCUUACACCAGACGGGAUGAAUGCAAAUGGGCUGGAAAAGAUAUCCUGAAAGAAUGUGCUAAUUUCAUCAAGGUGCUUAAGGCUUAUAAUCAGACUCACUUGUACGCCUGUGGAACAGGGGCUUUUCAUCCAAUUUGCACCUACAUUGAAAUUGGACAUCAUCCUGAGGACAACAUUUUUAAGCUGGAAGACUUACAUUUUGAAAAUGGCCGUGGGAAGAGUCCAUAUGACCCUAAACUGUUGACGGCAUCUCUUUUAAUAGAUGGAGAAUUAUACUCUGGAACGGCAGCUGAUUUUAUGGGACGAGACUUUGCUAUCUUCCGAACUCUUGGGCACCACCACCCAAUCAGGACGGAGCAGCACGAUUCCAGGUGGCUUAAUGAUCCAAGGUUCAUUAGUGCCCACCUCAUCCCAGAGAGUGACAACCCUGAAGAUGACAAAGUAUAUUUUUUCUUCCGUGAAAAUGCGAUAGAUGGAGAACACACUGGAAAAGCCACUCAUGCUAGAAUAGGUCAGAUAUGCAAGAAUGACUUCGGGGGGCACAGAAGUCUGGUGAAUAAAUGGACAACAUUUCUCAAAGCUCGUCUGAUUUGCUCAGUGCCAGGCCCAAAUGGCAUCGACACUCAUUUUGAUGAAUUGCAGGAUGUAUUCCUAAUGAAUUCUAAAGAUCCAAAAAAUCCAAUUGUAUAUGGAGUGUUUACAACUUCCAGUAACAUCUUCAAGGGGUCAGCUGUGUGUAUGUAUAGCAUGAGUGAUGUGAGAAGGGUGUUCCUUGGUCCGUAUGCUCACAGGGAUGGUCCCAACUAUCAGUGGGUACCUUAUCAAGGAAGAGUCCCCUACCCACGACCAGGAACUUGUCCCAGUAAAACAUUUGGUGGAUUUGACUCUACAAAAGACCUUCCUGAUGAUGUUAUAACAUUUGCAAGAAGUCAUCCAGCCAUGUACAAUCCAGUGUUUCCUAUUAAUAAUCGUCCAAUAAUGAUCAAAACAGAUGUAAAUUAUCAGUUUACACAAAUUGUAGUAGAUCGAGUGGAUGCAGAAGAUGGCCAGUAUGAUGUCAUGUUUAUUGGAACAGAUGUUGGGACCGUUCUUAAAGUAGUUUCAAUUCCUAAGGAGACCUGGCAUGAUUUAGAAGAAGUUCUGCUGGAAGAAAUGACAGUUUUUCGGGAACCAACCACUAUUUCAGCAAUGGAGCUUUCCACUAAGCAGCAACAACUAUACGUCGGCUCCACGGCAGGGGUGGCCCAGCUCCCUCUCCACCGCUGUGACAUUUACGGGAAGGCCUGUGCGGAGUGCUGCCUCGCCCGAGACCCUUACUGUGCCUGGGACGGCUCUUCAUGCUCUCGCUAUUUUCCUACUGCAAAGAGACGCACAAGACGACAAGAUAUAAGAAAUGGAGACCCACUUACUCACUGUUCAGACUUACAACACCAUGAUAAUCACCAUGGCCACAGCCUAGAAGAAAGAAUCAUCUAUGGAGUGGAAAAUAGUAGCACGUUCCUGGAAUGCAGUCCAAAAUCACAGCGAGCUCUGGUCUAUUGGCAAUUCCAGAGGCAAAAUGAAGAGCGAAAAGAAGAGAUCAGAGUGGAUGAUCAUAUCAUCAGAACAGAACAAGGCCUUCUGCUGCGUAGUCUACAGCGAAAGGAUUCAGGCAAUUACCUCUGUCAUGCCGUGGAACACGGAUUCAUACAAACUCUUCUUAAAGUGACCCUGGAAGUCAUUGAUACAGAACAUUUGGAAGAACUUCUUCAUAAAGAUGAUGAUGGUGAUGGCUCUAAGACCAAAGAAAUGUCCAACAACAUGACACCCAGCCAGAAGGUCUGGUACAGAGACUUCAUGCAGCUCAUCAACCACCCCAACCUGAACACAAUGGAUGAGUUCUGUGAACAAGUGUGGAAAAGGGACCGAAAACAACGUCGGCAACGGCCAGGACACACCCAAGGGAACAGUAAUAAAUGGAAGCACUUACAGGAAAAUAAGAAGGGUAGAAACAGGAGGACCCACGAAUUUGAGAGGGCACCCAGGAGUGUCUGAGCUGCAUUACCUCUAGAAACCUCAAACAAGUAGAAACUUGCCUAGACAAUAACUGGAAAAAAUGCAAUAUACAUGAACUUUUUUCAUGGCAUUACGUGGAUGUUUACAAUGGUGGGAAAUGCAACUGAGUUCCACCAAUUAUAAAUGAAGUCCAUGAGUAACUUUCCUAACAGGCUUUCCUUCUAAUACCAACACCUAAUAGAGGUCAGGUGAACACAGAUGUUCACUUUAGCAGACUUAAUGUUUCCUACGAGAUUUUAUUGUACAGGUUUCGCUUUCUUCUUUGCCUGAGAAAUAAAAAUGUCAUUUGCCAUAUUGCCAUCUAAAGAAGAAAAACUGCAUUAGCAAAGCCAUUUUAUUGAACUAAAAGUGUAAAAUAAACUGCAUGGAUUUACUAAGCUGAUGAAUAUUCCAAAAUGUGGUUGGAUUCAAGGAUAUUUUUUGUCUACCAGCACUCAUGUUUAUAUGUACUGGAGGAGUAAAAUGAUACUGAAUGAAACGGUCUGUGGAAAUAUAAACAGAAACCAUUCAUCAUCCAGAAGAGAAAUGGAAUACACUGAUCUACUACUGAUGUCUUCUUUCAGCUUUGAUCUAAAGAUGUAUUUUAUUAUAACUAUAAUUUAAAUGUACCAUGACAAAUAUACAGUAAAAAUUAGCUCUUUUCUAAGCUAGAGUAGGUCUUUGUCUUACAAUUAUUGUGCUAUAUAGUUUUUGUUUUAAAAACUCCAAUUGUGUGCUGCUUUUUUUUGACAUUUUGUCUUCAGUUCUGCAAGAAGGAUAGCCAAUAUUGUUCUAGAAACAUAUAUACAUUAUUAACAGUUAACUCCUAAAACCUGGAUAUAAAUUAUGCUUUAUUUCUCUGAGGAAUUCAAACAAAUGACGCCUCCCCUUCUUUAAGUAUUAUCUAAAUUAAUUUUAACCUGCAUAAUGUUCUCAGAAAAACAGAGCAUUUAACCAGCAAAAAAAGGGAAGAAACAAAUCGAUUUGUUAAAUGCAUUUUGUUGUACCUAGUGGAUCAAGGAAGAAAAAAGGAACUGUAUAUUUCAUGGAAAUAAUAAGCAUUGUCUUAAUAUAAUGUUAAUAGAAAAUGUCUCUUACUUCUUUGCUUGAAUCUCUGCAUGAUAUGUGAGACAUAAAAACUCUCUCAUGAUUCCAUUAGGAAUCUGUGCCACUUAAUUUUUUUGAAAAGAGAGAGAUCAGUAAUAUUCAGAACAACAGCUUAAAAGCAAAGUUCCCAACUGUUUACAUAUGUAUCAACUGCCUCUUAUCUCACCGUGUCUAAGACAAUUAUCUGUCUAAAGAACACACGAUUCUUUUCACAUCGAUGGGAGUGACUCUUAUACAAACUGUUUUCCAGGACACAACUCACACUUAAAACAUAUAAAACUCUUUUAUAUGUUGUCUCCUGCAACAACUUAUAAAAAAAGGUAAAAAAUUAUUAGUUAAGGACUUGCCUGCUUUAUUGUCCUAAGGUGAUUCCUUGCGAAUCAUUGACUUCUCAAGGAAUGUGUAAGGAUGUCUGCAUCUUACACAUCUCGAGGAUGUGUAAGACCUUCAGCAUUACGACACGGUUUCUUUCGCACUGCACUCUCCUUUGCAGGAAUCCCUCCCUAGGGCCUUCAUCAUGCACAAAAAUGCAAAGGAAAUAUCUUAUUGCUAAUUAAUGAAAGCGGCAUUGAAAUUCUAACUCUAGCUGUCUUGGGAUUCUACUUAACUCAGCAUUAAUUUCUCACCUCCGACUACAGUGACUUUUUAAAAAAUUCUCUAUCAGCUGAAAUAUUUCACAGAUGGAAGCUCAUCUUUCAGUUUUAGUGAUGACUUUGAAUAAUCAAUUUGUUGACGCUUGUUUCAAAUGAAAGCCUAAAAAUAUUCUACGUUCAGUUUUAGGCUCUACUGAGUAAUACAGUGUUACUUUUAGAAGUACAUGGUAGGUGAAUUUUAAAUUAUUUAAAGGACACACUCCAGUAGAGAAAAAAAACAUGUUUGAAAUAUAAAUCAAAGAACAAAGAGUGCUGCAAAAAUAGAUCAUUCUUUUAUUUUCGUAGAGUAACUUAACUGUACUAAAAUUCAGUGUUGCAUUUCAUUCUAAAUUUGCAGCUGAAACAAAUUUAUUUGCAAUAACAGAAGUAUCUUAGUUCUUAUUAGUCCUCAAAAAUAAAGGAUUUAAAGGGAUAGAAGUUUUCUGAUAACUUCAGGAGGCCUUCCAAUGUCUGAAUGCAUUUUGUUUAGCAUUAUGAAAUAUCCAUAGAAAGAAAGUCUAGACUUCAAUUAAAAGAAACAAAAACAAAUCUACUGGCAUGUCUUUCUUUAUAAACCAUCAAAUCUAAGUUUUCAGAGAAAAUUAUAGAUAUAACUUGCAGGUAAAUAACUCUUAUUACAGUCAUAAUCUUCUGCCAAUGUGUAUUGAGAGGGGCAGUUUGCAAGAACAGUAGUCAAUGUCCCGUUUAAUUUAGUUUUAAUAAACUUUGGCAUAUGCGUGUAUGAUCAGAGUUGAAACUUUGUUAAGAGACUCAUGUGACCUUGAGCAAAUUAUGACAGCAAUCUUAAGGUAGGAAAAAGGUACAUCACAGCAGAGAAAUUAUGGCUCAGUUGAAAUCAAAUGUAAAAUGUAAAUGCACACUUAAUGCUACUUUAAUGUAUUAUUUAGUGAUUUUUAAUGAUAUGUGUUUAAUAUUUUUGCUACCUACACAUUAGGCAAAAGAGAUGUAAAUAAUUUUGAAAAGAAGAGGAAGAACAGUAUAAAAUGCAAGUUUUUAUAGGUACUCCAUUUCAGUGUGUUCAACAUCAUCCUAAAAUGCAAGAUUUUCCCACCUGGGUGUCAGGGUGGCUUAUGUGCUAUUUAAGGGCAGAAGGUGUGUGCCCACUCAAUACGCAUGUUUUUUGCCAGGUAGUAAAUAUGUUCCAUAUCUGUAUUUAUCAUUGCAUUUCAGAUGGGAACUAGAAAACUGGAGAGAAAAUGUAAUGAAAUUGCUGCUGUAAAUUAUUCCUUUUAGCAUGUAUUCAGUUGCUAAAUACACAUUUCUUCAAAAUAUUUGAAUUCAGAUGUCUUUACUGUUCCCUGUAGCAUAUGGUGUCAAGGAACAAGUUUAGAAGGAAUAAGUUUAGAAAAUGUUGAGAACCAGAGUCAGGUUGCUACGUAAUCAGCUAGCAGAUUUCUUCAUUGUAGUCAUCUGUAAACUGGGUUCUAUAUUUAUGGUGAUUAUGUGAAUUUUUAUGCCCUUUAAAUUAAGUAUUGUUACUUUUAUGUCAUACCUAAAAAGGAAAUAUGGGGAUGAAAUUCUAUCGUGUCGUUAUGAUAAUCAGUUUGGUUUUAUUCAGGAUCUACAAAGAUUCCCCAUAAUUGUUAUGGAAAUUGCCUAUCCUGAAGGUCAUAAGCAAGCAUUUUACUAAUAUGGAGUGAUUAGUAUAACAUUUUGAAAUCUUUGUUUUAUGAAUUCAUUUUUUAAACACAAUUUGCAUUCACUUUAAUGGAAAUCUAUCAAGUUUCAUGGCUUCCAAGACACACGUAACAAAUAGAAUUCAACGUCAUCUUAUUGUGUUAUAAUGUGUUAGAUAUAAACUGGCCUAAUGCCAGAGACAU